AUUGUGAUUCAGUAAGGGACCACAACAGGAGUAAUAAUUAAAAUGUAAUUUAUAGUUAUAAUAUCCCCCUAUUAUGACUGUUAUUACUUUACAAGUUUUAGAAACAUUAUUAUGGUCUGCACCUACUCCCCCCUGACUGCCCUCAUGUGGUCACGUCUGUCCUGUAACCGUUUGAAGGGGAGCGAAGAAGCAGGCUUGGACUGGAUUCUGCUGAGAUAAAGGCGCAAUUAAAAGUUAGACACACGGAAAUCAUGGAUGGACUAGAUGAUGUUACAGUAUCAGUUCUAAAUGCUGCCAACAUAGAUGAGGUUUUAAUCCACACCCUCAGUCGUGAUGAUUUAAGAGAUCUUUUUCCUGGUCCAGAAAACUUUCUCAGGAGGAAACAGUUGUGGGCUCAUCUUCACAAAGAGGAGGACUAUUCCACCUUACCAGACAAAGCUGGCCCUGGUGAAGCAGGAACUAGGUCUUCACCUAAAGGAACACCUCCAUCUCCCCAGACAUCCACUCCUUUGGUAAAGAAAACCCCAGAGAAGACUCUACAGCUUCCCAGUCCUCCUGAAUAUGUGAUCUAUACAGAUGGUGAGCUGGAACUAGCUCGGAAACACUAUUUUGAGAUGGCCUGCACUGGUAGAGAGGGAGAAGCUGCCAUGUCCAAAGAGCUGAGAUGCAGGCUGGUGAGAAACACUGUCACCAGCAUGAUUUCAAUCUUGAGAGCAAAUCGACAAGGAGAGGAGUUACGAUACCCGUCCAAGUACGAUGUUACUGCCAUGGCUAAGAAACUAGUGGAGUAUUAUCCCAUGCUACAGGAUAACGACUUACCUGCCAAAUAUACGAGCAUGUACAGUUAUCUUCAGAAGAGGAUCCUGAAUAUUAAGUCCCCUCGAAAGAGGCAGGGUCCCACACCAGAGAGGGGCCGUUCAAAAAAAAGGCGCCACAUUGAGUUCUCACCAAGUGACCAGGGAGAAGAUGAUGAUGCAGAUUCAAGUGGCGGAUCAACGAUUCUUUUGCCACCAGUGAGCAGUUCUGAUGGCGACAGUUCAGUCAACAUGGAUAGUCUAGCAACACAGGCCAGGCAUUACAAGACUCUGCAGGACCUGUAUAAGAAGCCAAAACCCAACCGAGAUGCUGUUUGCCAAAUUCUUGACCUUGAGUUUCAAUCAAGAAGAGCCUUCAUUGACAGCGAUGUUCUGAAAGAAGAAGAUAGGCCAACAAAGAUUCUAGAGGCAUAUCCAUGUUUCAAGGAGCUUCACAAUAUGAUGGAUGAGCUACGGCGGAUCCUGGAUAAGAACAACAACAAAUUCAUAACUGAAGUAAAGGCAAGAUGGGAGGACUUCUGCUCCAUGGUUCAGUUUCAUGGUCUUUGGAAGAAGGUGUUAAAGCCACCGAUGAUUAUAGUCUGAAUCUUUCCAAAUUAA